UUUUCUUCAGUGUUGUUUGAAAUUCAAUCGGGAAAUGUUUCGAAUGUUAAUUGCUUUUUGGGCCUUUGUGGCUUGCGUUAAUGGCAAAGUUCUUCGUCCGCCUGUACCUAUGCCUGAUGGGCGUAUUGUAGGUGGUGAGGAUACUACUAUAAAUUCACAUCCCUGGCAGGUGUCAAUUCGUCUGUUUGACUCACAUUCUUGUGGAGGUAGUAUUAUAAAUGAAAGAACUAUUGUCACAGCUGCUCAUUGUGGUGGUUAUCCUGCUGGUUGGUAUAAAAUUCAAUACGGCGUAACAACUAUCGGCGGUACAACAAACAUUGCCAGUGUUAAAUCAUUCAUCAGGCAUCCCCAAUAUGAUUCAAGCGUUAUGGAUUAUGAUGUUGCCGUCAUUAUUUUGGAUGAACCUAUUUCAUUCGAAGAUAUAGUUCAACCAAUUAAAUUGGCUGAUUCAAGGCCAGCCGAUGGUGAUACAGCUGUGUGCACUGGUUGGGGCGCAUUACGUGAAGGUGGCAGUUCUCCAAUGGCUCUACAGGCAGUGAAAGUAGAAAUUGUUAACAUCGACGAUUGUAAGAAAAAUUAUAGUGAAGGGUAUGCUAUAUCUGAUCGUAUGAUUUGUGCUGGAGUCAAAGAGGGUGGUAAAGAUGCUUGUUCAGGUGAUUCUGGUGGUCCAUUAGUUACUGGCAAUGUUCUCAGUGGUAUUGUGUCAUGGGGUGUUGGUUGUGCUCGUCCUAAUUAUCCUGGUGUCUACACCAAUGUUGCCAACUUAAAGUCAUGGAUUGAAGAAAAUGCCGUACUGUAAAUUUUAUUUAAAUAAAUAAGAAACGAAAUUAAAAGUCUCUGAAAGUCAUGAAAUAAUGAAU